AGGAGACACCGGAAGACUAAUAGAAUAGUAACGCAUGACCUCUGGAGGGAUGACAUCUACCACUCGGGACUCAUGCCGUUCCCACACGAAUGGCAGUACGACUGUCCAGAUCAGAUUAAAAGCGAGGAUUUAUUCAUAUAUGGCGUGAAUUCAUCGAAACAAAGCAUUUAUAUCGCAAUCAAAUGGAGACCCAAAGGGGCGGACAAUCAAAUCGACGCAACCAUUAGCUUGAGAUUUGACGACAACAACAGUAAUAGCUAUACAUUAGAGGAGGACUCGGCGGUGGACUUCCGGCCAAACGAGUACAGAGUGGGUGGCCUCCGGCUAGAGAUCAGUUCCCCCUUCAGACGCAAACGGAUUACGUUUAGGGGAUACCUCACGAAGAAUGGCAAUCAAUUGGUUUACGCGCGCUUCCGGUUCUUAUGGUACGCCCUCUCAAGAGUGUAUGACUUCCACCACGACUUUGACGACCAGUUUAUGGCCAAAGAGAUGGCGUUAUCGUCGAAGUCCGACAAAAGUGAAACUCGAUUCGAGAACCGAUUCGAGCAAUUCGGUCAACUGAAGGGACAGUUCACGGAGGGACCCGAUGGUGGGCACCGACAGCUGUACUUAUGGGGAUCGGCGGGUAAAAAGUAUUUACACAAUACGCCGAUUAAUAGGGAUAUUCACCGGUGUUGUGGUUAUACUAAGGACGGAAUUGGUUUUCAUUUGGGAUUUGUUUGCGAUAAAAGUGGUAAUGAAUACCGUUUUGGGUAUCUAUUCGACAAAAGCGGACACUUUUUGAGACUUAAGGCGCUGUCACUAAAAGGACAGGAUUUUAGCCAUAUAUUAGGCAACAAUUUAGUCCAUUUUAAAGCGACGUUCGGUGAAAGAGAUUACGAUUUUGUGAUCGAAAAACACGGCAACUGUUUGGCGAAAAGGCUUUUAGUGAACGGAUCCGAAGGUAUGUGUUAUGUAUUACAGGAUACGGAAAGACAUGUCCAACAAUGGGUCCAAACAUAUAAAUCGGUGGCAAAUGAAUCGUCACUCGUAUUGGGUUUACACGAAGAAAACGCCCAAAGAGUUGAUAUAAACGGUGGUAAAGGGAGCUCUUUAGCCGUACUCAUGAGUUUGAGUCAAGUGUUGGUGAACGAGAAAUAUAAGAAGCGAUUCCAUGUACCCAAUGGUGUGAUUGUCACCGCCAAUGCCUACCGACACCUUCUCCGGGAAUAUACGGAUUUGUCUCAAUAUAUCCGAGAACUCGAGGAAUCGACGCAAUGGUCCGGCAAAGAGUUGAUCACUAAAUGCGAUCAUUUAAUGAAUACUAUAUCGAGUCAUAAAUUACCGGAAGUUAUAAAACAGGAAAUUGAAGCGAAAUUACGCCAAAACUUCGCCGAUUUUGAGACGAAACUAUUUGCCGUCAGAUCGUCCGCCGUUUCGGAGGACUCGGCGGAGAUGUCGGCCGCCGGGCAGAUGACCACCUAUUUGGGGGUCAGGGGUCUUGAGGGGAUCUACUCGUCGGUCAUGAAGUGCUGGUCGUCUCAGUUCUCUGGCAUCGCCGUCGCGUAUAAGAGAGGCUACGGACAGUCUAUCAAUGGGCCGAUGGCUGUCGUCAUACAAGAGAUGAUUGACUGCCAAUCGGCGGGCGUUAUGUUCACAUGUGAUCCCAUCACCGGUGAUGAGGGGGUACUGGAGGUGACGGCCAACUAUGGACUGGGAGAAUCAGUGGUGUCGGGGUCGUCAGAACCGGACACAAUCCACGUGUCGGUCGAUAUUGAGUCCAACUCUCUGUCCGCCCGAAGACGCGUCAAAGCGAUUGAUUCCAAAGCGAUCGGACAGAAGAAGACGUCCGUAAGGCUGUCAGAAAGUGGUGGGACUGUCGUGGAGGAGGCGCCCCAUGGGAGUGGCUGUUGUGUCACCGAUGAGGAUGUCAUGCGUUUGGCGGACAUUGGACUUCAGAUUCACAAACACUAUGGACACCCCGUCGAUAUCGAGUGGGGCCUACAAGGGGGCCAGAUAUAUGCGCUACAGGCGCGACCCGUCACCAAUUUGGACAACCGGUACACCGACUACGAGAUUAUGCACGAAAUGGAUUCCUCUCACCCGACAGAGUCCGAGAUCCACACCCGCGCCCAUUGCGGCACUACCUUCCCGGGAGCGACAUCAUGGACGGCGUUGCAAUGGUCCUGGGCAAAUAAAAGUCAAUACAUGGUAGGCCUGCUUAGUAUAAUACAUAUAGUAAUUGUGACUUAUGUUAAGCGCAUGGAUGUGAUGAAGGGAACGGCAAUUGCCGACGACUAUAACCCAUACGUCGAUACAAUGGGCGUCGCGUACAACCAAUUGAUGUUUAGCCUAACUAACGGUACGCGGGUAGACUUUAGCGACUAUCCAGAUACGGCUGAAUCAAAACAAAUGGUUUUGUCAUUUUUUGGACACCAUUUCGAGGAUCAGGAUGUUCUCAACGCCUUUAAGCGAAACCCAAAUAACUCAUGGCUGGAGUCGGACUAUAAUCUAUUGAUCGCGUCGUGCAAUGACGUGAUCAGCGCUGACGCGCCCAACAGUUUGCGGGAAAUCGCGACGACUAUCAAAGACAAGCAUACCUUCCGACAGUUGACUGAUGAGGAGGCGCUCCAGGUGUUGGCCAACGGGUCCGACGAGUCGUCGAUAAGAUUUAGGCAUUUCCUUGACAUCCAUGGCCACAGAGGCUAUCGAGAGGCGGAUCCCAUGCAUCACUCCUGGAAAGAGAAUCCCAUUCCUUGCGUUCAGACCAUUAAAGGAUUAUUAUCGGGAAAUAAGCGACAACUCGAGCCAAAAGUUGUCAAAUCUGUCGAUCAGGCGGUCGACGAACUCAAGACACCAUUGAGUCCAUUGAGGAGACUUUUGCUAAAGAAGCUGAUCCUUCCGUGGGUUCAAAGGGGUGUCGGACACCGGGAACUGUCCAAGCAUUUCAAUGUAUUUAUGACCGAUAUGUGGAAACAAGGCUUUCGACUAUUGGCUCGACAGAUGGUCGCCGAAGGGCUGAUCCCAUUCGACGAUCACUUCUUCUAUCUGACGGUCAACGAAGUGGAUGAGCUCUGCAUUGGCCGCAGGAAUCCAUUAAUACUGACGAGAGUUAGGCACCGACGAAGACUUUACAAACAAAUGGAUGGAUACAAGUUUGACGAGUUUAUUAAAGGGCCCGAAAUGAGGCCCAGGAAUUUAGAAAAGCGCACGAUUGCGUCGACUCUGGGCGCGGGUAUGGUUCAGAUGAAGGGGACGCCGGUUAGCGAGGGAUACGUUAAGGCUAGGGUUUGUGUGGCCGAUGGUAUCGCCGACGCCGACAAUAUUCUGCCGGGUGACAUACUCGUCACGUACUCGACGGACAUCGGUUGGAGUCCGUAUUUCCCUUUAUUGUCGGGCAUUGUUACAGAAAUCGGCGGAACUAUAUCUCACGGGGCGGUCAUAGCUCGCGAGUACGGAGUCCCGUGUUUGGUGGCCGUGGAGGACGUCUGUCAAGCCGUAAAAACCGGCGAUAUUUGUGUGUUGGACACAAACGCACGGACACUCACUAAAGUCGAGUAA